CGCUCCAAACUUGUGGAGCGCACCGCGGAAACUUUCCAAAGACUCUCAACAGUGACUUGCUCUGCACCGAGAGGAGGAAGAGAGAGGACGAGACGCGCUUUGGGGGCGCCGCAAAGUGGUGGGGAUGGCGAGGAGGCGCGAUGGUUCCCCCGCCGCACUGUGAGGACGUGAAAUAAAAACUUUUUAAGGCGACGCUGACAGCGCAGUGAAAGGAGAGGAAAGAGGGAUUACACCACGAGCUGCGUGUCGUGUUGUCACCUGGACAGACGGCAUGGUGCGUGUAACGGGGCUGGGCUGGGUGCUCCUGAGCGCGCUCUUGCACCCUGCGGCGCCCUGGGGCGCGCGGCCGGCCGGCAGACCGAGGCAGUGUGACCCGCCCGAGUCGCAAAGCGACAUGAACUCUUUCCUGUGGAAAGUGAAGCGUGCCCCCCCGCAGCCGCCUUCUUACUUGUACGGCACCAUCCACGUGCCUUACACCCGAGUGUGGGACUUCAUCCCGGACGUCUCUAAGCGGGCCUUCCGCACUAGCCGCAACGUUUUCUUUGAGCUGGAUCUGACCGACCCGCUCACCGUCUCCAAACUGACCAGCUGCCAGCUGCUCCCCCACGGGGAGAACCUCCAAACGCUGCUACCUCGAGACUUGUACCGCCGCCUCAAACGCCACCUGGACUACAUCAAGCACAUGAUGCCGUACUGGAUGACGGCGGACCAGCGCGGCCGCGGCCUCUACGCCGACUACCUCUUCAACGCCAUCGCCGGGAACUGGGAGAGGAAGAGGCCCGUGUGGGUGAUGCUGAUGGUCAACUCGCUGACCGAGUGGGACGUGAGGUCCAGGGGCACGCCGGUGCUGGACUUGUAUUUGGCGCAGGAGGCAGAGAGGAUGGGAAAAACCACAGGGGCAGUGGAGCGGGUGGAGGAGCAGUGUCACCCGCUCAAUGGCCUCAACUUUUCUCAGGUGCUCUUCGCCUUGAACCAAACCCUGCUCCAGCAUGAGGGCGUCCGAGCGGGCAGCCUGCAGGGCGCCUAUACCACCGAGGACCUCAUCACGCAUUACAACUGCGGCGACCUAAGCUCCAUCAUCUUCAACCACGACAACUCGCAGUUGCCGCACUUCAUCAACAGCUCCCUGCCGGCUCACGAACGCACCACGGCGCAGCAGAUCGACAGCUACUUUCGCCAAGAGCUCAUCUACAAGCGUAACGAGCGCAUGGCCCGUCGCGUGUCCGCCCUGCUGCAGAGGAACCCCAACCAGACCUACUUUUUCGCCUUUGGCGCAGGUCACUUCCUGGGGAACCACAGCGUGCUGGACAUCCUCCGACGAGACGGCUAUGUGAUCGAUCACGUGACCCCUGAUGACCAGCAGCCCGUGACGCUUCAACCAGAUAGCGAGCCAACCGGCGGCACGAGCGCGGCUCCUCCCACCAUUUGGCCGACCGGUUCGGGCGAGACUGAGCUAGAGGAGCCCAGUAACAUGCCUGGCAUGGACGAGGAGGAGGAGGGGGAGGAAGGGCUGCCUCACAUGCUGCAGCCAGACAGCCUGAGCCAGCUGGAGGAGUUCGGACGGCACAAGCGUCCUCGAAAAACUCAUCGCGGCCACGGGAGGCCUCGUCUUUUCAGUGACCUCUGGGUUCGCUUUGGUGAUGGCACCACACCCCCCCCAAACGUGAGGAUCAUCAACGGUUACGCGACAGCCCCCCUGAGCCCUCCGGACGAGCACGUCACAAGUCAGCCUUUCUCCACGCCGCCCAGCCUCGCUUCAGCCCAGCCGCCUUUGUCGAUCCACCGCAAACAGUCACUAUGGAGCGCUUUAGCCUGGCUGCUAUCUUACGCACUGCUCAUCUCCUGACCGUCGAGGAGAUCGGUUCGAGGGCUGGAAUUUGCCAUCGAAAGAAUGACAAAUGUGAACACCGGAAAGGCAGGAAUGUUUGCAGUGAUGCUGCCAAGCUCUUCAAAAAGCUGCCAGUGGGUCACACAGUCAAAGAAAGUGGAACAUAACGGUCCAAAGGCCUUCACACCACCAGGAGUUGUUGAGGUUGUGACCAUUACAUCAGUCGGACUCAAACUGGAGUCCGUGAUGCCAAUAAAAAGUUCAUCCCUACUUUAGUUGUGGGUCAAUUAAACGUUCUGAUAUGACUGUGACAUACUAUGAAAGGAAUUUGAAACCACUACAUUAGGAGUCAAAAAGAAUAUAGUGGUGCCUUGAUGCUAACCUGUAUAAUUGCCUUAUUAGGAUUAGGAGGUGUUCCUUGAGAAAAUGUCUCUCUUAUAAAGGAGUCUCAAAAUCAAAAACUUUGAGAACACGUGCAUUAAAAAAUGUUAAAUAGUCAUCUUUGAUUAACAUGGAUAUCGAAUACAGAUCCUAAUAACUCUGGGAGGUAAUAAGGCCAAAUAGUGCUGUGGUGGGGGGAGCACUCCGACUUUUUGUGUGUAAAUUGUGUAUUUUGUCCAUAUUGUAUAUUUAUUAUUGCUGAAAGAAAGAGUAUAUUUUCUUGCUUUUUAAAAAUGUGCUUAGGAAAUAAAGUAUCUUUGAAAGCUGA